AUGGGCUCACAACUACAUGACGCGCCGACACCAGGCAGUGCAAUGGUCACCAAGCCGGCGUUCAAGAUACGUCGGGCUGCCUCCGGCGACCUCGCCGCCAUCGCAGACAUCGGAUCACGCGUCUUCUCCGCCACCUUCGGCCACUCCGUCACAGAGCAGCAGCUGCAAAAUUACCUGGAUGAAGCAUACUCACAAGCGGCCAUCGCCGCCGAAUUUGCCGAUCCGAACAAGACCAUCAUCGUCGCCACGGCCCCAGGCGACGCGACGGAGAGCGCGCGGGUGGUUGGCUUUGCGCAACUGACGCAGGGGUCGACGGAACCCUGCGUCGAGGCCCUGCCGGCUGUGAUUGAGCUGCAGCGCCUGUACGUCGACUCGGCAUUCCACGGCAAGGGCGUCGGGAAGGUGCUGAUGCAGGAGGCUGAGCGCAUCGCUCGGGAUAUGGGAUUCAUCAACAUGUGGCUGGGCGUCUGGGAAGAGAACCACAAGGCACAGGCGGUGUACUCCAAGCUGGGCUUCAAAAAGGUUGGGAAACACGACUUUGACGUUGGCGGCGAUAUACAGACGGAUGAGAUUUUGGUAAAAGCGCUUGCAUAA